AUGCGAUUUUUACACAUCACUGAACUUAGAAAGAAGUUUGCCGAAGUCGAGGCUGAGAAUGUGAAACUAAGACAAGAUAAGGAAGAGAUUGAAGCCAGAUUCAUAAAACUGGAGCAGAGUGAUAAAGAAAAGACCGACCUUAUUGCUAAACUAGAUAACGAUAUCAAAGGAAUCAAACAGGAUCAAAUUGUUGCAAUUUCACUGGAAGCAGAGUCAAAGAACAAGCUAGCAAAUUCUGAUUCAUCCUCUGAAUCACAAAUAACUUCUCCAUCUACCGAAGCCCACUCUG